GGUAGAUGUUGGGAGGUUCUUUGUGAUGAUAUGGCGCACAAUGGGUGAUCUUUUUCUUGUCUUUCUUUCCCUUUCUUUCUUUCUUUCCCUUUUUUUUCUUAUACUUUCUCCUCUUUAUGGUGUUUGGGUGUGGGGUUAAACGUUGGGGGCUUUUGCGAGCCGUUCUUUUGGGUGUUUUUUUCUUUCUUCUUUUCUUUUUCGCUUUUUCUUUUUCUUUUUCGCCUUUGAUCUUGGGAAACUUUCUCCUGAGAUUUGUUUUGCCUGCCUACCUGCCUGGCCCCGUGGAAGUUGGAACCAUACACGAUCAUUACUACACUACCUACAUACACCUAAGUACAUACCAAAACUAAAAGCAUUGGGAUCCACUAUAUAUAUCAGUAACGAUGGAGAGUGAAAGUGGGCAUAUAUGCGGUGCUCUGGCAAACCUC